AUGCCCUCCUUCAAGCAGCUGCUGAAGGAGCUGAGGGGCCGCAACGCUGCCAUGACACUGCACGCCAGCAGCCUGGACAGGCUGGUGGAGAGCCAGGCAAAGUGGUGGGAGGACAGCACCAAAAGGGUCAAGGAGUGCUUGCCUGGCACAUCUCCUCAAUGGCUCUUUACUCUCUUCUCCUCGGCAGCAGGUGGGACGCCCGGGUGGAGGAGGUGGCUGCCCUGGCCCUUUGGGCAGCGAGGGACCCCAUCUGCUGCAGAGGCUGCCGAGCCAUCAGGCUCUGGCCACAGGGGGCUUCUGUUUGGCCAGCCCCUGGCAGCUCUCUGCAGCCAGGACGGCACGCUGCCCCAGCCCAUCCAGGACCUGCUGGCUCUCCUGCAGGAGCACGGCCCGUCCACGGAGGGGAUCUUCCGGCUGGCGGCCGGCGAGCGCGCCUCCCGGGAGCUGCGGGAGGCCCUGGACAGCGGCGCCCCGGUCCAGCUGGAAAGCCAGCCGGUGCACCUCCUGGCCGCCAUCCUGAAGGAGUUCCUGCGCAAGAUCCCCUCCAAGCUCCUCCAGAACGAGCUCUAUGAGGACUGGAUGAGCGCCCUGCAGAAGACCAGCAGGCAGGAGAGGCUGGUGGGGCUGAAGGAGUAA